AUCAACAUUAAGGCAAUUGGGAUACAAUAGGUGGAAGGAAGCAAUUUAAAUAGUUUCCAAGGAUAUUCCAUAAGGGCCUAACUAUAGUUUUACAAAACUAAGAAAAAGAGGCAAGUGCAAUUAACCCAUUUUACCUUUUCCCAAACUCGUAAGUUUCUUGAUUGAGAAGACAAUCGAUCAGAGAAGUACCGUAGAGGAGUGAGUACUUCACAAUUGGUCCUCUAUUUCUCCUUUAACAGAAACUCAUGUGCUUUCUGUUAUUUUGGAAAGAAAAGGAUGCUACAAAGUGUUGGAUUGGUUUGAAAUUAGGGCUUGAUAUCUUGACCGGCAUUUACUGAUUAUCGUGUAAGAUGCUUCCUGAGGGCAAAAGGCUUGGAUGUCAAAGUGUACCUCCAGUUACAAUUAGCAACCUUCCUGAUAAUGUAAUCGAUGUCAUUCUAAUGUGUUUGCCUUUGCGAGAUGCUGUGAGGACCAGCAUCUUAUCUAAGAAAUGGAGGUAUGUCUGGAGCAGACUUCCAGAAUUGACGCUUGAUCAAACACUUUGGGAGACAACAAAGGACUUCAUAUCCCCCACAAUUAAAUUUACAAACAUUAUCUAUCACAUUUUGACCCUUCAUUCCGGACCGAUUAUGAAAUUUACCCUCUCCAUCCCUAACCUGGGAAACUGCCCUAAAUUUGACAACUUGAUGUAUUUUCUUUCUAAGAAUGACAUUCAGGAUCUUGUUCUUUAUCUUCCAAACGAAAACCCAUACAGCUACAAAUUGCCAUCUUCAUUUUUCACUUGUUUGCGGAUGAGGCAUCUGGCUCUCGAAAAUUGUUUAUUACAUCCUCCACCUGACUUCAACGGAUUCGAUAGGUUAGUUAGCCUAGAAUUGUAUGAAGUCACAAUUACUUCCAAAUUGCUUGAAAGUUUAGUCAAUCGUAGCCCGUUACUUGAGCGUUUGGUGCUACGGGGAUUAUAUAUUCAAGAUCACAUUCAAGUUAAUGCUGCCAAUCUAAGUUGCUUUAAAUUCACAGGCAGUAUAAAAUCUAUUUCUUUUAAAAAUGUCCCUCUUCUUGAAGAACUUUUACUUUGGGAUACAACACCUUCUGAGAAUGCAGGGGAAUCUGAUAUUGCCAAGUGGUUCGACUCUUGUCAUGCUCUUGAGUAUCUCCAUGUGAAUCACGGUGUUGUCCAGUCCUUGGCUGCAGGAGCUGGUGAAGUACUAACAAAGCUUCCUUGUGCUUUUAACUGUCUUAGACGUCUUCGCUUAUCUGAUAUUAGUCUGAGAGAAUUAGAUGAGGUUUCAGGUGCUUUUUGCUUGAUAAGAAGCUCCCCAUAUUUACAUGAUAUGGAAAUUAAGGUGUUCAAUGACGACGACGGUGAAAUUCCUGCACUAGAUUCUCUUGAAGGCUUCAAGGAUGUGACAUUUAAUCACCUCAGAACAGUUAAACUAGAAGGCAUUACAGGCACAAAGCUUGAGAUACAGCUUAUCAAGCUUCUAUUAGUCAAGUCCCCUGUGCUGGUGAGAAUGCAAAUCGAGCCCGGCCUAGGAGAUAACUCUCCACAAACAAGACUCAAACUACUUGUAGAACUAAUAAAAUUUCGCCGAGCAUCAACUGAAGCAGAAGUUGUGUAUAACUUAGAUUACGAUACUGUUUGAUCUCCAUUUAUCUUUUAGCAGACCAUGAUCUUGGCCAAAAAUGCUCUGUCAGUUAAAGAUGAAUAGAUUAAAAUGAAUAUCGUGGCAGCAGUAAAAUGUUGUGUUCUAACCUCCUUGGCGGUUGACGGAUUCAGAGAAGACUUGGAUGUUUUGACUUGGUUUGUUUGUCACUGUGACACUGCUCAGGGUUUAAAAUUGAUUCUUCUUGUUGAUUCAUCUAUGAAAUGAAACAUAGCUUGAACGGACACUCAGUGUUUGUUUCAAAGUAAGUUGUGGAUUAAUUCUCUGCUUGAUAAGAGAUCACUGUAACAGUCGCGAAGCAUUUUCUCAACAAUUUUAUGCCAGCAACGUUAGAGCCAA